AUGGCUGAGAAAAUACCAACAACCUCGAAGCAGUGGAACGUCACAGGCAGCGAUGGAUUUGAUUCUCUGAAAUUCACAGAGCAAGCAGUGCCAGAAUUAGGGGACAACCAAGUUCUGGUCAAGAUCCGCGGUGUCUCCUUGAAUUCCCGCGACAUCCUGGUCGCCCAAGGAACCUAUCCAUGGAAAGUCAAACCCGAUGUUAUACCAGGCUCCGACGGAGCUGGGGUUGUCCUUAAAAUCGGGAAAAAUGUGACUCGCUUCCAACCCGGUGAUCAGGUCAUCACAAUGCUCAAUCAGCAGCACCUUGGAGGCUCCCUCGAUCCCAAGACAAUGAGAUACGGAUUAGGAGCCUCGGUCGAUGGGACUCUACGUACUGUUGGGGCCUUUGAUGAGCAAGGCUUAGUGGCUAUGCCUCAAGGGUUGAGUUUCGCCGAGGCUGCAACGCUUACAUGUGCCGGACUUACGGCUUGGAAUGCGCUUUUCGGCUUGCAGGGCAGGCCGUUGAUGGCCGGUCAAUGGGUUCUGACCCAAGGCACCGGCGGAGUAAGCCUGUUUGCUAUCCAGUUUGCAAAAGCCGUAGGAGCAAAGGUUAUUGCCACGACCAGCUCAAAUGAGAAAUCAAAGAUCCUGAAAGAGAAACUGGGUGUUGAUCACAUCGUUAAUUACCGUGAAACUCCAAACUGGGGCGAAAAGGCCAAAAGCCUCACAGGUGGCGCUGGCGUUGAUCUAGUCGUGGAAGUUGCUGGACCUUCGUCGCUAAAACAAAGCGUGGAGAGCGUCAAAAUGGAUGGUAUCAUCAGCGUCCUUGGCUUCGUCGGAGGUAUGGAGAGUAAGGAGCCACUACCCAGUAUUCUGGAAUGUUGGAUGUCUCUUUUUACUGCACGUGGCAUAUGGGUCGGUAGUCGGCUUCAGCUGGAAGAUAUGUGUCGUGCUAUUGAGGGCAAUCCGCAGAAGCUGCGUCCUAUUGUUGACAAAGUUUUCAAACUUGAAGAACUGAAGGACGCCUUGGGGUAUUUGGCAUCUGGGAAUCACCAGGGGAAGGUAUGCAUUGAGGUUCCAUAG